AGUACUGAAUGUGUACGUCAGCGUUGAAUGUGUGAAAGUUUCAUUUUGAUUUAUGAAUAUAAUAGUAUUCGCGUGGUUGCACAGGUAGCUUUACAGUGACACAGGUGUUCAAUAAUUCUUUUUUUUGUCUAUGGAUUUGUUGCAGCUGCUAUCAUGGGCGUGCAUCGUAUUUACCGUCGGGAUGUUCUCGACAGGAUUGAACGACCUAAAGAAAAUGAAAGCCUCUCAGAGUGCAGAUAAUGUUCAGUUCCUGCCCUUCCUUACAACAUGCCUAAAUAAUCUAGGAUGGCUGUACUAUGGAUUACUUAAAGGAGAUGGAACAGUCAUACUUGUCAACACCAUUGGGGCCAUUUUACAGACAAUAUACAUCAUCACCUAUUGUCAUUAUACCAAAGAGAAGAAACGCGUGCUGUCGCAGACACUGGUGAUGGUGUGUGUGUUGUGUGUAGGCUGGGUGUAUUUUCGUAUGCUGAUUCCUCCUGGACAAACACAGCUGUCUCAGCUGGGACUGGCCUGUAGUGUGUUCACUAUCAGCAUGUACCUCUCUCCUCUGACUGAUCUGGUUCAUAUCGUACGCAGCAAGUCCGUAGAUCGGCUGUCAUUUUCCCUGACCGUCGCUACAUUUUUUACAUCCACAUCAUGGACGCUUUAUGGCCUUCAGCUACAAGACUAUUAUAUCAUGGUACCCAACACCCCAGGCAUCUUUACUAGCCUCAUCCGCGUCUACCUUUUCUGGAGGUUUGGAGCAGUCUUUGAUAGACAAGCCCGCGUAUAAACUCAUCCAAAUCUGACCAAUUUAGUGUCUUCUUAACUGUCCUUUAGUUCAGGGGUUCACAAAUUUUUCAGCCCGCAGGCCCCAAAAUAACAUUGCCAGUGACUCGAGAGCCCACUAUCCUCGGAGGUGGUUAAAGUAUACGAACGUUGCGCACAACUGCGCACAUGCGAUUAUUAGGUCAAUCCAAACAUGCGCAUAACGAAGACAAGACAAGAGGGCACAGUCUAACAUAAUAUUAUUUUAUAGUUAUUCACUCAUUACUUUAAUUGUAGUUAUACAUAAACUAUGAAAUAUUUCUACAGAUGGUCGAAUUUCAUCAAACUUAUUUGAGUACUGAUAGAUGUACUCUGCCUCUUUUCGUACCUGAGGACGAUGGCCUUUUUGACUGCGGUGCUUCUCCGCUGGCCUCCCUCGUUGUCUUUGGUCAAAAUUAACCAAUGCUUCAUUUCAACCAUUAAAAAUAUCCUAUACUUGAAGCCUCAACUUGCGACCCCUACUUUGGGAGCCCCUGCUUUAGUUUACACGAUAUGCCUGAGAUUCAGGUUACCUGAAGUGUCUCUCUCUCUCUCUCUCUCUCUCUCUCUCUCUCUCUCUCUCUCUCUCUCUCUCAAAUCUCUCUCUCUCAAAAUCUCUCUCUCUUAUGACAGUGCCACUUUAAAUUUUAAAAUGACAAAAAAAUUUCACUUGAUUUUGUAUCGGUUUUGAUAAAAUAUUGUUAAAGACGCAGCGGUAGGGUUUAGUUAACAAAUUUGUAAACAUGACAUACUAUAAGCUUCAUUAAGUUUUGUGUUUUUAUGUUUCCUCUUGAAGUUAGGCCUUAAAAUGUAAAAUAUUAAGCUCCUAUCUAUUUUUACAACUUGGGGUACAUGGUUCUCAAUGUCUUUAAGGGAAAUCCUAUGUUUUAUUUGUGUCAUAAAAUGAAUGUACUAUAUUGUACUAUCUAAGCUAUUUUAGCUUUUUAAUGGCUUAUUUAAACCAUACUUGAUUGUGUCCAAGUGGCAGUUCGGCAGCUAUUUAAAUAGUGCUUGACUUAGUCACGUCGUAAACUUUUUAGAUGUGUGCAACUUGAAACGAGUUUGUCUGAUUAAACAUCAAGGAAGUUCCAGAAUCUGCAAGACAUUAGGAGUGCAUAAAGUCAGAAAUGCACAGAAUAAAACAUCUUCAGAGAUUGGAGAAGAGUGGUUUACUUACAUUCAGACAGCAGUAGUGGGGCUUAUGUGCGGGGAUCAGUGUUGGGUGUAACUAGUUACUAAGUAAUUAGUUACUGUAAUUUAAUUACUUUUCCCUUGAAAAAGUAAAGUAAGGGAUUACUCAUAUGUUUUCUGUAAUUUAAUUACAGUUACUUUUGAUGUAAUUAAACUAAAUACUUUGUGAAAUAUAUGCAUGUGCAAUAGUGUAAUUGACAUCAAAUUCAAAGUCUUACUUUAAAAUCUGUGCUUUAAUGUAUAAUUCUCACAUUUGUAAUACUUUGGUCAGUUAGUAAUAUUAUUUAUUUAAAUGUAUUAAAUAGUUUCAUGUCUAUCCUUGAAUCACUUAACUAAUCAAGGUCGAUGUAGGAUAUAGAAAGUAAUUUGUAAUGAGUAACUAAAUACUUAAUUUGGACAGUUAUCUAAUUACACUAUUGAAUAUGUAAUGAGUAACUAGUAAUUAAUUACUUUUUCAGAGUAACUUACACAACACUGGCGGGGAUAUUGAGUUUUAAUGAAUCUUAUUUCUAUUGCCAUUCACAACAAGCCCCUCCCCACCACCAUCUUUACAUAUUCUCUGCCCUAUUAAUUAAAAGUCGUUGCCCUAUCAAAAUGUCCAUAUAAUGAUAUCAGAAACAUAUGUUCCCCUCCCCUGCAGAUGCUGCAUAGUUGCUUAAAACUGAAGGCUUUAUUUAUUGUGACUUGAUGAGUUUGAUGGAAGCUGCUUAUUAUUAUAUAAAUGUAGGAUUAGAGAGGAAAAGGUCAGAAAAUUCACCCAGUUACAUUUUUACAUAUUGAAAACCAAUAACAUUGCCAGAUGAACAUCUUAAAUGAAUGUGCUUUGCAGAAAUUGGUUCAGCUGUAACGGACACAAAAUGCUAAAACAUAUGUUAAAGCCUAAACUCUUAACGGGCAGUUUCCCAGAAAGGGAUUAUCUGUAGCCAAUGUUAGGAUAUUUACGUUGUUUUUUAAAAACAUUCUUUACAAAAAAAACAUGUCUGUGUUCAUCUCGAGACAAAACAAUCUCAAGGAUACAUUUUAUAAUAUGUCAGUGCAAGUUGUUUCUCAUUAAUACACCUUUAACAUUUAAGUUAGUCUGGGAUUAGGUUUAAGCCUUUAUCGGGAAACCACCCCUAAGUGUAUUUUAGCGGUUUACCUGAAUAUCAUUUGGUACUUUAUUUACAUCUACCUACUUUGUAGCUAUUCAAAAAUCAUGAUGAUUUAAAGUCCAACUCGUGUUGCUGUUUUGUUUAAGGUUUUAAUUUUAUUCAAUUAUGGUUUGUGCUUUACAUUUAUUUUUCUUUGUACUUUUUUAUAUACUAUAUACUAUUUUAUAUACUAUGCAACAAUACUAUUAUUAUAAAUUGUUUAAAUAAAUUUUGUAAAACAUCAAA